CUUCGGGAGCGUAGGUUUCGUUGAGCACGGAGCGAACUUGUUUAUUUGACAAAAGUUGAACGUUAAAUGAGGAAACUGCUCGAACAACAGCUUUAUUCAUACGCUUGCCAACCCUUGUUUUCUCUCAUCUUAAGAGCAAGAGGGAAUGCGUGGAUGAAAAAGUAUAAAUAGGGACGUUGAGCUCAAAAACGCUCAUUCGUGAUCGUCAAUUUGAAGUGUGAACAUCGUGAACGUACAAUCCUGUGCUCAUCAUGACUGGAAGAGGAAAGGGAGGAAAAGGUCUGGGUAAAGGAGGAGCCAAGCGUCACCGAAAAGUGCUGCGGGAUAACAUCCAGGGCAUUACCAAGCCCGCCAUCCGCCGUUUGGCUCGGCGCGGAGGAGUGAAACGUAUCUCCGGCCUCAUCUACGAGGAAACCCGUGGCGUCCUGAAAGUAUUUCUGGAGAAUGUGAUUCGUGAUGCGGUCACUUACACUGAACACGCCAAGCGUAAGACCGUCACCGCUAUGGAUGUGGUGUAUGCUCUGAAGCGUCAGGGCCGCACUCUGUACGGUUUCGGAGGUUAA